AUGUCAUUUGAUACUGAUUUUUUUAUUAUAUCUAUUGAACAAAAAAUAAGUAUUUGGAACACAUCAUAUACGGAUUACAGAAACCGUGAUUUAAAAUUAAAAGAUUGGGAAGAUAUUGGAACAACUAUGAAUCUUAAUUUUAAAGAUUUCACUGGGAAACAAAAGGAUGACUACAUUAAAGAACUACAAAAGAAAUGGAAAAGCUUACGCGAUGCUUUCAGAAAAGAACAUACCAAGUAUGAUAGAUCUGGUUCUCAAGCAUCAAAAAAACCGAAAUACUGUUAUUAUGAUGCUUUGUCAUUUUUAACACCGACAUUUACAGUUCGACAAACAUCUGGUAAUAUUUCAGUAUUUUCACUGGAAAAUACUAUGGAUUUGGAAGAUACAGAAGAUUCACCAGACAUUGAGAUUGCAGCUUCAAAUGAUAAUCCUUCUCGUGAUUUAACCGCGCAAAUCGAUACAUCCAUGAACACGCCUUUUCCAACAUCGAUCUUGGGAACAAAAAAAAAACACCAAUAG